AUGGGCCCCUGUACCGCCUCCUCAUGCUGCUGCCAGGCCCGUAAUCUGCCAUGGGCCCCCGUACCGACUCCUCAUGCUGCUGCCAGGCCCGUAAUCUGUCAUGGGCCCCUGUACCGCCUCCUCAUGCUGCUGCCAGGUCCAGAGUGUGUCAUGGGUCCCUGUACGGCCUCCCAUUGCUGCUGUCUCCAUCGCCACACUCUGCCAUGUGCCACUUUCAGGUCUCCUCACACUGCUGCUGUGGGGUUCCAUUUUGUCAUAGGGUGCUGGCAGAUUACGGGCCUCCCAUUGCUGCUGCCAGGCCCGUAAUCUGCCAUGGGCCCCCGUACCGACUCCUCAUGCUGCUGCCAGGCCCGUAAUCUGUCAUGGGCCCCUGUACCGCCUCCUCAUGCUGCUGCCAG